UUCGUUUUUGCUUCAAUACUUCAUGUUGGCACAAAAGAUGUUGGCGUCAAUGUAUGUUCUUAACCAAUUAGAAUCGUGAAAUAAGGUCAUAUGACCUCUUGUUUUGGAGGCAGGUUUUCAAAAGCAAAAAUCUGAAUUCUGAAUUCUGAAUCUAUGUUUAUUAAACUUUCAAACCAUUACUUCUGUGCUUUCAAACCUGAAAUUAAAGGCUAACGCUAACAAGACACCAAGAAGAUGAACGUCGAAUAGUAAGGAACAUUUUUUUAUUUUUGUGCCUGGAUUUUGACCUUGUAAGGGGUCACGUCCAUAUUCAUAUUGCCACGCAUAACGUCGAAUCGACGUUAUGAGUGGGUGGGUGGGUUUAUCUCAAUUCUCUCGACGUUAUCUCGAUAAUCUCGUGGCAAAAUUACAAUUUUGUGAAGAUUUUGAACAAUGUGACUGCCACGCUCGACGUUAUUUAGGGUAGGUGGGUGGGUUUGAGUGUUAUAAACGUCGAUUCGACGUUAUGCAUGGCAACAUGAAUAUGGACGUGACCCCUAAUUCGACUAGAAUAACUCUAGUCGAUUUAAUACAAGGCCAAUCCAAAGGUUGAAUUUUGCACGUGCCGAAUUUAAAAAACAAAUAAAUGAAUAAAAAAGCAAAUUACAGUGUACAUUUCACUUUGUGUAGCUGGAAAUGCGAUAUAAAUACGUGCUAUAUUUCUUUAUUUGGCCAUUUCAAACGUGAAACGUCAAACUUUUGCACGCGUUGAGUGCAAAAAUGUUUUAAAAUUAGCUUCCAAAAGAGCUUAGUUAUUGUGAUAUGCAUUGUUGAAUUACCAUGAACAACCUAAUAUUUUGUAUACUGUAAACCUUUGAAUACUGUAUAAACCCGACCCCCCCCCCCCCUGUGUAUAAUAUAAACCGGUUUUCCACUAGACGGAAUUUUGCGCGCAGAGCGGAAUCUUUCUUUGUCUUUUCUAAUUAGUUCCACCUGAGAAAUCUCAAGAAAAAUAAAAAUUCCGCUCCGCGUGCAAAAUUCCGCCUAGUGGAAAACCGGCUUUAAACACACCUGCCACCAUAUUCAGUGAUGCUCAGGCCCUUAAUUCCGAUUAUAAGCUCCCCCUGAUUAUUGUAAUGAAAAUUAGUAUUUUGGGGGACGGGCAGAAGCUUUGAACUGAGGGUCUAAAAAUAUUCAAAAUUCCCCUCAUUGGUCAUUCCAAACAUCCAUACCUCCCCCAUGGAGGAAAUUGGAUGUUAACCCAAUGGAUGUCCUAAUACACUUACUAUUAUGAGAAACAUUUUUUCUCCCGGCCUCCCCCUCCGGACGGCAGAAAUUUCCUCCGUGGGGGGAGCGUGGAUCUUUUCUGGAACGACCCAUUUUUCAAUUUAGUCUUGUGUACAACGAGAUCUGCUCGACACAGUUAAUUCUUGAGAAAUUCACGAAAAUUGCUCCGGAGUUUACAGAAAGACUACAGUCAAUAUGGAAAGAGAUGGGGAUUAGUGCGAACACACAACAUGACCGCAUCCAAGCAGUCGUCAGCUACAUCCAGGAGCUGUUGUCUGACAUGGUGACAGAUGAAGAAAAUUUAUUGAAAGAAUUAAUCAAAAACACAGAAAGAUAUGAUGAUGAACUAUCCAGUCUCGCUCAAGUUCUUGGGCUUCCUCCAUACGAAGUAGGUGUUCGGGGACUAUUGACAAGUAAAUUUUCUCCAAAUAGUCUAGAUUUUGAUCUAGGCAAGAAGAACAAAAUCCAUCACCACAACUAGAAAGGGCAUGUUAAAAUUAGUAAAAUUGCAAAGUUUGCCCGCGAAAUGUUGUAAAAUGCGGAAAAUAUAUAGCCAUGCGAAAUUUGCAAAUUUUAUGUUCAUUUAAUAAAUUGUUUUACGCGGGGAAAAUGCACCCAGGGCCGUUGCGAAGGGAUAUGGAUUGGGGGGGUGUCGAAGGUCAAAUUGCCGAGUGACGCUAGUUUAAUUUGCCGAGUUUUUCAAAAGUUUGUAAAGGUUAGAUAUAGGUAAUGAGAAGUAAAUGAGUAACUGAGGGACACCAAUAUGGCUCUUGUUUUGAAAUGGAUGCCUGUUCAUGGGUUGUUGCUAAAAAGGAAUCGGGUCACAGCUCAGUGAUGAGCACCGCUAUUUUAUUUUCGUGCGUUUAUUUUCAGAUAGGAGUAUUAUGUUAAUUUACUUAUAUUAAACAUAUAAAGCUGAAAAAAAUUUAAAUUUAAUUAACAUAAUUUAUACUGUGUUUUCAUAAGUCCUAAAUCGAGACUGAAACUAUGUGCACACGGGUCACGUUUUUGAGCGUUUUUGUAGUGGCGUUUUCAAAUUUAGCGUUUAGGCGCCUUGUUCACAUUGAUCGUUUUUCUCGUAACAUUUUCUGACAAAGCACUAGUUUUUUAUAGUCUUUGUUUCCAAAUUCAAACACGGAAUUUCAUUUUCGCCUUCCACUUUUCUGUUUACACAAUAACAAAGUGCCAAUAGGACCAAACGUUUCAGGCAUAGAAAACGAAUUUUUGGCACCGUUUUCACUAUAUUUGAAACGUUUUUGUGCUUCCUAACUUCGUUUUCAUACGUUUUCGUGUGAAUAGAACGUACGUGAAAAUGGUACUUUCAGUUUCAGAAAUUAACGCAUUACAACCAAAACCCGAAAACCGCUGUGAAACGGUACCGUGUGCAUAUAGUCUCAGUAACCAAGUAUCUGCAUGUGAUUGCAUUGAUAUUUUGUUUCAAUAUUUUCAUGGCAAUUUGAUGAAUUUGACCUUUUUUAUCCCCAGGCGCCGAAUAGACAAUUUAUAAUAUUUUUUGUAUUUUGAGCAGUUUUAAAACUCUUAGUGCCGGAUAGUGUUAACUGGGUUUUUGUACGACCCGAUUUUCCAAGAGUUUAAUUUUAUGCGUCUGAAAGCGAGUAAAACGGAUAUGAUCAUAUGCAACCGAUGAUACCGAUCGCUGUAUGCGGUAUGUCUUUCAAAACUGUGGGUUGAUCCUCGAGUUAACAGUAAUUUCGCUAAAGAACUAAAGAAGUCAAGUCCGUUCUUAUCAGUGGCAUGGCUCGUCUUUCUCUUGGUCUUCUUCUCAUGUGCCUGUGGAGUCUUCUUGAGGAUCUUGCGCCUCUGACGACUCAAAAUAUUCUCUUUGGCUUUGACUGCGCUUUGCAGUCUCAAACGGAUUAGCUCGUACGUCUUUAUGUGCUACUCGCACUCGGUUUCCCUUAUGGCAAGUUUGCUCGAGCCUCGAUCUUACGGUAAUCGUCGGGCCGUAUGUUAGAUAACUUUUAUGGUUAAUACGUUUUCCCUUGUGAAAUAAAUAAUAAAGUUUCUAUAGUCGUCAAAAAUCGAAUUACAUUCAAGACACUGAAGUUUUAUUAUUUUUCUUUCGGGUUUUGAACCGCGCAUAAUUAAUAAAGAGCUUCCGCUAUAAGAGCAGUCGAGCGAAGAACAUAUUUUACAUGCGCGGAAACGUGGGUUUCACAUUUCAGCCUCCCGUCGAUUUUCGACAAAUAAAAACUAAUAGUAUUACUAGAAAAUAGAAAUACAUUUAAAUGGUUUUGACAUAAGGCCACACAAACCAUUAUUUUAAAUCCCAAAUUUAUCGCUUUAUUUAUCGCCUUCGUUCUUAACUUUUACAAUUUGCUGAAUGCCGAUUUCGCAAUUUGCCGAACAGUAACGAAGCAAUUUGCCGACUGGGGCCGACUUGCGAAAAUUAUUGGGGGGGGUGAAGCACCCCCCCACACCCCCCCGUUCGCGACGGCCCUGAAUGCACCACAUUUGGUCCGAAAGUGGUGCAUUUUCCCGUGCGUAAUACUAAGGCUGAUUUCCACUGUUGCGUUUUUCGUACGCACGUAAAACUUUGAGUCCUUCUAUUUUUUAAAUAUUUUACAAAUAAGUUAACAAUUGCAUACUAAAAUUUGCGGAACACUAAAUUCUUUUGCUUUAUUUAUUUGGUUAUUUCAUAAUUAACAUUUAAACGGAUUUAAAGUUUUACGUGCGUAUACGUACGUAUGAAAAACGCAACAGUGGAAAUCAGCCUUAAAUAGUAAUUAAUACAAAAUUUGCAAAUUUCGCGCAGGGCUAUAUUAUCCGCAUUUUACAACAUUUCACGGCCAAACUUUGCAAUUUUUCUAAUUUUAACAUGCUCUUUGUAGCUGAUGGCUUUUGUUCUUCCUGCCUAGAUCAAAAUUUAGUCUAGAUAGGCUAUAACUGGAAUAAUCUAUUCGGGAGGGGUUAAGGCUCAAUAUUCGCUAUUACGACAAAUUGGGAAGAUUCACUUCUGUCAUCAAUAUUUAUGCAUCUAUCAUUGUUAGUGGGUGAGGGGGUGUCGCGCAUAUACAAUACUCAAUGGGGCAUUUGAUCGUUUUUUUUCCCCUGCAUGCACACACGGGAAUUUGACCGAUAUUUUUUCUCUCGAGGGUGGGGAUAUUUCAGAAUUGAGCGCCGUCUUGCAUCCUGAGGAAGAGCAUAAUUAUGUGUUGGCACGAACAACUUCUAGCCUUUCAUGAACAAGCUUUCGUUGGUAGGGAUGCAACCACCUGAAAAUAUAAGGAGAAUUUCGACGUUUUGAGCGAUGACCGUUCGUUUCGUGUCAAGAGCCGUGAAAUUUCACAACUCCAGACGAAAGUCCUUCGCCCGAAACGUCGAAAUUCUCCUUAAUAUAUUUUUCAGGUAGUUUCAUCCCUAUCAGCGAAAGCUUGUUCAUAUUAUUGGCACUACCUGCACUGGCUCUGACAGUUCAAGAUUUUAGCCUUCCUCUCUCGCAAAAUUUUGCACUUUGAACAACCUAACCUGUUACAGAUAACAACAGGCAGACAAGUGUGACGUCAGAACACUUCAAAUGAUCGAAUAUUGUUUUGUAUAAUUUUAGAUUGUCCAUAUAGAAAUGAGAUGUAUUCAUCAAAAAUACUUAUAAAUUGCACCUAUACUGUACAUUUUAAUUCAUUACUAUAGGCAAAAGACAAUAUGUCACUUAUUGAGAAGGAAAAAGGCCUUAGAACUAAACUCGAUGCUUUGAAUUUGGUAAGUUGCAUCGAUGUAUUCUCGAACGAAUCCAUCUUAUCAGUCGAGGGUUAUGUACUAUAGCUAGCCUAUUUAAAACAUGAGCAGCAGUGUUUUAUCAGAUAUAAAGAUACUAUAUACAAGGCGAAACCGAGUAUCUUUAUGUCUGAUAAAACACACACUGCGAAUGUUUUAAAUUGCUUCAAAAACGAUCGAUCUAGUAAGUUCAUUGGCGAAGUAAUUUUCAAAAAAUACGUUGUGUAAGUCGAGAAUAUCAAAGUUAAAGUUUAUGUAAGUUUAGGGAAAUCUCUAUAUAACAUAUAAAGAUACAUGUACGACACGCUUAUGAUUUUUCUUUGUGUUUUGCUCAUGAAUUAUUAAUGAGUUUUUGAAGGACAAAACAACCUUCACUAUGCCUAUCUAGGAGAAACACGAAAGAAUGAAAAUGUACAAAAAUCUGCGUGAACAGGAAGAAGCGCUUUGCAAAAGAUUGGCACUACCUCCGCAUGACAUGUCCAUAGGAGAAUUGCCUACCGCCACUCAAGUCAAAGAAAUUGAAGCAAACAUCAACUAUAUGGAGAAGGAAUUGGUAUAUAUAAUGUAAUAUAUUUACAAGAAAUAAAGAGCAAUAAGUAAUGUUUAAUAAACGAGUAGAAGUGUUUUAUCACAUAAAACACCACACGUAGCGGAGUGUUUUAUAUGUGAUAAAACACGAACUACGAGUUUAUUAAACAGCUUCAAAAACGUCUCAGUUAGAUCACAGCAUUGGCGACAUAAUUUUCCAAAAUAACUUUGUAUUAGCUGAGAAAAUACAAGUUGGAAUUUGAAGCGUGUUUUAUCACAUAUAAAGACACGCCACGCUUAUGAUUUCUCUUUGUGUUUUCCUCAUGAAUUAUUAAUGAGUUUUUGAAGCUUCUUUAAGGUUUAAUGACCAGAUGAAAUUAUAUAAUUACAUUUAUUAAAUUUUACGUUAGCACCAUAAUAUAUGUUAAAAUUUUGAUAAUAUUUUGGCAAGCUUUCCAUCUUUCAGCCUGGAUGAAAAUAUAUGUAUGCAACUGAACUUUACUCCAGUUUUUUUUUAAAUUGCACUGCCAUGAUGACAGAAUCGGCUGUUUCGGAAACGUUAAGAAAAUAUUCGACCUCCACCCCUCAUCACUGUUUACAAGAUUAUAAAACUACCCCUAUAUUCACUCCCAGCACAUUUUGAGGAUGCGCGAUAUCCGUGUACUUACCUAUACCUGAGGUACACGCCCAAUAUUACGGACUGGCACUUCUGGGACUGGCACUUCUGCCAGUUCAACCAAGUUUUUUCGACCAAGAUGGGAAGUGUACAUGUAUACAGUGUGUGAGCCAUGCACUAUGUUGUAUCUUAUAUAGGCCCAGGCGAAAAUCCAAUUUCAAUAUGCACGUCAGACUAUCUUAAAAUUAUGGGAGGAAUUGGAGAUAGACAGCACCGAAACUAAAUUUCCUGAGAUUGCAAGCGACAAAGCAGAAGAGACUUUUGUUUUAUCAAAAGUAAAUUUACGACAGUUGAAGGAACAUUUAAAUAAAGUAAGCCUCGGAAUAUUUAUUUACUAUAAGGUGUCCCAGAAAAUACAAGAUCUUCCAGAUUUUCACACAGUCAGCUAAUGAUGAGUGGGCAUCGAGAAUUCAAUUCAGGAGAUGAAUGUCCUUACUGGUAGAACCAAAUGUGAUCGCUUUUUGAGACUGGGCUACCGGAAACGGCUUGACGAGUCAAGCAGGGUCCUGAUUUUCGUAUUUGAAAUGUUACGUAAUAGUGUCAAAUUUGUCUACCUUCACCUCAAGGGCUAUUUUAACAUUGUAAAAUUUUAAAAAAAUUUCUAGCUUGAAAAACAACAAGAAGAAGACCGUCAACAAUGUUUAGAACUAUUAAAGAAGUUGAAAAGCCUGUGGGUGAAAUUAGAAAUCAAUGAAAAAGAUCAGUGUGCGUUUAAAGAAAAUUGUGUUGGUUCCAGACCUUCUGCAAUUCAAAAGGUACUGCAACAGUUGCUAACGAUUUAUCAAGAGGAGUUUUUUGUGUGUUAGGGGCGACAUUCAUACUCAAGUUGAUGUUUUCUUUCAAACCCACCCACCCCACAAAACGUCAACCGUGACAAUUACAGUUUGUUACACUUUCUAUGUGUAAAUAAGGUACAAUGUACUGGUACUAAAAACUACUACUUGAUUCUUCGGGAAAAUAAUUUUCUACAAAAUUGCCCCGAAACGGCGAAACCUUUGCGAAACGAAAGUUUUUCACCAUCAUUUUUUCUCAACUGUGGUCCGUUACGUAAUGGUCCAUCGUUGAGUAGCCAAUCAGAAUGCUGUAUUUUUAAUAGAUCAUGGUUGAGUGUAUACUCAAAAGAGAUAUCCAGUUUAUCUGGGCCUUCCAAAGACGAAAAAUAGAGGGCGUUUUGCACUUCACGCGCAGAACCUUGCAAUGUGGAAACCUUUUGUGGAACAUGGUUUCUCGAAAGCAUUAUAUGGGGAAACAAAACUGCCCUCAACUGGAAGCUUAUAGCCUGUUUUAGGCCUGUACUUUCAAUUUUUAGUUGAAGAGUGAGGUGGACAAGUACGAAAGGAUGAAACUCAAGUACAUGGAAAAAUUUAUUUUAGCUUUGAGGUUUGUCUUCUCUUAAUUUUCAUUAUUAUCAAUUACUAUUUAUUUAAAAGAUUCGUGGUUCCUGUUGGUUAACAGCAAACUGUGAAAUCGUCAUGAUAUCAACUCAAUUGCUGGCCAAAUAUGAAGGUUUGACAUUAAUAUUAGCCUAUGGUAUUUGGGGAUGCAGGAUGUAUAAAAAAGUACAUUACUGUGGUAUGAAAAAUUAUAUCAACGUUAACAGCUGAACAGGGUGGACUUUUGUCGACGCUGCAUAAAAAUAGUGCGGGCUCGUGAGCUUAAUUUUCCCGCAAAUUUAGCUUUUUGUUAUUUUGCUUACAAUUUCUAAGGAUGUUGAAGUUUUCUGCAUUGUGAUUCACUGGUUUUUUGCAUUGUGAUUCACUGGUUUUUGAAAGCAUCGGGGUUUUUUUCUUUGGAACUUGCAGGCUAACUCUUCAACAACCUAAUGACUGUUUUUAAAGCAAAGCAAUUGAAAGAAAAACUUAUAUUUUCAUACGAAGAAGAUGAGUGGCGACAUUUAUGUUGUGCUGUUUUGAGCAGAUGCUUCGAAGAACAUGAUAUGAUCGGACCUUGUAUCUUAAAAGUGUACUUGGAACAGCCGAACAAAGUCGUAAAUUGUGUUACCCGGUGUGUUGGGCAUCAUAAUUCACAGGAAUAGUACACAGUGGCGUUUAAGCUGGCUAUGAAAUAUCGUGAAUACUUCGUCGAGUUCUCUACCGCCAUGUGACCUGUAAUUUAAUGUGGUACGCGUCUUUGAAAGGGCUUUACUUGACUUUAAUCGACGUGGACGUCAUCCUACAUAUCAAACAGGCGGCAACAAGUAACAGUUUUAGGAGCAACCUCGCAGUCACUUUCCGUGGUCUCGGGUGUCCCUCAAGGUUCCAUCCUCGGUCCGAUUCUUUUCUUGAUUUACUCCAAUGAUAUUCUCUCAACUUGCGAAAAGGGGGCAAUGUACGCCGAUGACCUCAAGUGUUACAAACCCAUUGCUUCUUUACAUGAUGCGAAUUCUUUCCAAUCUGAAAUUAACUCGGUAUGCUGUGCAACUCAAAAUUGUCUACUGGAUUUUAAUGAAUCUAAGUGCUCGGUUCUGCGUAUCUCCCGUAAAGUGAAUAGAAUCGAGCACUCUUACCAAAUUAAUGAUUCGGUAUUACCUACGGUCAACAAAAUCAAAGAUCUUGGAGUACACAUUACAUCAAAUCUGGAUUGGACGGAACAUGCGUACAACGUCAGCAAAAAAGGGAACAAAAUGUUGGGAUUACUUAAGCGUUGUACCGUAGCAUUUCAAUGUCGUGAAACAAGACGUUUGCUCUAUCUUACACUUGUAAGAUCUCACUUCUCCUAUGCAAGCCAACUCUGGGCUCCACAAAAGGUCAACCCCAUUCAAGAGAUGGAGAAAGUGCAGAGACGGGCGACUAAGUUUAUUUUAAAUCUUAAUCAUCUUUCAGAAAUGCCUUACCGAGAAAGACUAUUGUCUUUGGAUAUUUUACCUGUAUCCUACUGGCUAGAACUGCAGGAUCUGCUUUUCUUAUUUAAAGUCAUUAAUGGUUUGGUAAUCUUACCUAUAGGCGUCUGUCCUGCAUUUUACGUUGCAGCAAGAUGUACACGCAGCAGUACAGGGAAACGAAGACAGUUAGUUGUAAGGAAAUGUAGAACUACCACUUUCCAAAAUAGUUACUUUGUUAGAGUAGCCAAAUUGUGGAAUAUUCUACCACUCGAACUAACAUUAGAAGAAGAGACAUUCCAAGGUUUUAAAAGUAAACUGAACAAGUAUUAUAGUCCCUAUAAUAGGGCGUCCCGCCCUAAGAACUGUUUAUAACAUUGAUGACUGCAGAACUUGGAAGUCAAUAUGUAUAAAGUGUAGAACAACAAGUUGCACAACAAGAUUCAUUGUUGUUUUUAACAUUUUUUACAUCUCUAACAUUUUAAUAAUAUAAUAGAUAUGUGUAUGUGAUAGUUUGUAACUUGUAUCAGUAUGUAUUGUAACUUCUAUUUUAGUUGGGGGUACAGUAAUUGGGGUAACCUGUUGUACCUUUUCCAUUUUUACCUCUAUAAAGGUUUAAUAAAGUGAUUUAAACAUUAAACGUAAGGUAUAACUUAGGUAAGCCAACAUUUCUUUGUAAUGCAAGCUACAUUUUCAUAUCUUUAAUGUGUGAAUAUUUUUAAUUUUGUAAAAAAAUAAGCGCCAUAUGUUGUUGGAGAAAGUAUCGAGUGCUUCAUAAUAACGCUCAGAUCUUGUAUACAGAUAUUCGUAUUUUAUUCAAAAUCUACCCUUUAUCACCACUUUUUUUAUUAUUUUAUGUUAAAGUAUACAUAAUCCUUGGCUUAAAAACACGAUGAUCUACUCGAGGAAAAUUGGGCAAAGGGGCGAUCUUUGCAGAGGAACUUGACCGUUCGGUGAAAUUGGUAGUUCAAAGGCCCUAUUUUCAUUGUAGUAUUUCGUGGCAAUUUGUUGGCCGAUUUCUAGUUUAUAUUGUAGAACGAAUUCCUAGUGAAUUAAAUUAAUUGUCUAUCCUCUACAGAGUAGUAAUAAGCGCGUCUCCUUUUUGUUGACGGAUGUUGAAUUCAUUUUAGACUCUUGUUCAUAAACAAGGACUACACUACCGAGUACUAAAUCAUUGUUUGCAAAGAAAUGAGCCUAUAUCACCACAAAAAUUCAAGCUUAUUUUUAGAGACAAAUAGUUUCUCCAUGGAUAGAAGUAGUUUUUAUGUAGUGAAAAAUAGGGCAAGUACGAAUUUAAAGAAGGUCAAUUUGCACUUGUAUAUCUCACUUCGAAAAGGAUAUACAUAUUAAAAACAGGUAUAUUUGCACUGCGAAAUUAAACUGCUGCAACAAAGUUUUUAUUUCUACUUUCACGUUCUUAUUCCUAAGCAAACACUUCUAAGUUGGAAAUGCCUAAAAUUGUGAGCGUAGAAACACUAAAGAAACAAGAAAUCGACUUCAUAACACGAGUAGUUUUGGCAAAUUUGAUGUUCGUUUUUAUAAUUCAGUCACGCGAUUAACCCGCGCUCACGUGCACUCCACGCUUACGUUUCUCGCGCAUGCGUAGACGAAAGUCCACCCUGUUUAACAGCUGGGAAAUUUGUUGUCGCUGUGCAGAGAAAUUGCUGGCGCACGCGAUAUUUUACAAAAAUUCGAAAAUUUGAAAAAACAACACCAGUGAAAUUUCAACUUAUGAUUUUGCAUUUUUAAGACGGCGAUCAAGGAAAUUAAAUUGUUGGAAAAACUUCACUAACAUCUCCAGUAUGGAAAGCAUCUACAUUACCAGCAAUUUAAUUGUGGAUUGAUUCAAAAUUCAGGCGAUAAAGUUACAUAGCUAGGAGUUGGCUUUUGUGCUCUUCGAAUAUCAGUUUUCAUUCGCGGAUUACCGCGACUUGUUGGUCUCAUGGGUGCUAAGCUGUGCCAAAAUCGACAUAAACGUAAACUUCUAACCAAGAGCUAUAAAACAAAUAGCUUUUCAAAAAGAUAAACUUUAUUCGGUCAAAAGGAUGAGGGUAAAUAAACAUGCUACUGCGUGAUAGUGAUUUCGAAGCAACUUUGUCACAUAUAUUUUAAAAAGUGUGAUAAUGAAUCAAAUUUUGCUUUUUGCAAUCCCAAAAAGGUAUGAAAAUUAUUUAAAUAUUUAAGGUUUCCGUGUUUAUAAAGUAUUUUUUGAGAAAAGCAAAAAUUUUCCCGAUUAAAAAGCAUAGUUUCUGCAGAAAACUGUUUUCUGAUAGAGAAAAUCCUGAGGGAGGGGGUGUAGAAACGUGCGCGAAUAGCAAAAAAACUUGACGUUUCCUCCAAAAAAUUAAUACCAAAUUUUGUUUUGCCUUUGUUUGAUAUGUAAUUUAAACAAGUUUUUGUACAUCUAAAAAUUGCCCCUAGUGGUCAAAACUUGGAUUAUGUUCGCAGUAUUGGCCAUUUGUUUACUUUUGGGGAUCAAAGUUUGAGGUCCAAUUAUUUUUAAAGUUUGCAAACUACCAGCUAAUUCUUGGCUGUUGUUUGCAGCCUUGUAUGGCUGAUUAAAAUUUAGUUUAGUCCGCAAUAGUAGAUCCUUUCAAUGAAGGGAAAUUCAAAAUAGUAUAUUUGAUUACUUUUACAGCACAGUCAUUACAUAGGUAGGGUGCAAUACCAGGCCAAAUUGCAAAAAAAAUUACCGAUUCCUCCGAAUUUAAAAUCAUAUUUUUUUGCUCCCAAGGCACAUAGGAAACAGAAUUUAACAAUAAAUUUUGUUGAAAAAUUGCCCCUUUGCGUCUAAUUUCGCUUUGAAAUGCGUGCGUUUACUGCUCUUGUAUGAAGCAAGAGUUCGAAAACAUUCGAAGUACUGUAAAGUGUAAUGAAAUCGACAACUUAAUUGACCUUGCCCUUGGCCUUGAGACCUUGUACUGCCUCAGCACUGAAAUGUUUUUUACAACGAUAAUUUACCAGUGUUUCUUGAAUAUUUUCCUUGUUUAACUAGUAGAACCGAAAGUACAAGUGCAUCAGAAGACUAAGCGAGAGUUUUGUGUAGAAAUGCUCUAUUUACGGGAAGUUAUUUUACAUUCGCAAGCGUCAACAAAACUGCCGCAUUUUCACAGUUUGAUUAUCAUAGCGACAGAUAAAAGCUUUGAAAAUUCAAUUGAAAACAUUUUAAAGGGUAUUGGCAACAAAAAUUUUUAUUGAUUUUAUUGCUUCAUCUGAAGGAGCAUGAAAAAAUAAGCCGAUUGGCCGUUUACUGCUCUAUUCUAUCUCAUCUGGUUCCGAAGUUAUACGCAAAAAUGUGCAAAAUAUAAAUUGCUGAUUCAGCACAUUCUGUGACGUCAUAAGCUGGGUAAGUAUGUUUAUUGAAUAGUAAACUAAAGCAUAGCUGAGUUAUUAUUGGCUCAAAUCAAAUGAAAUUUUGCAUACAGAUAGUACAUGAUGAGAUGCAUGGGAAAAUACUUCUAAUUUCGUUGUCAAGGCAACACAGUCGUUCCCAGGCCUCUUACACUGAUUUUGAAUAACUAGUUGCAUUUAUCUAUGUGUAUGUCAUUUUCGAAUUAUUAUUAUGCAAGUAAACUUUUGGCAUGCAUAGGUAUCAUACACAUACUUCUGAUAUUAUUUUAUUCUUAUCAGUACCUUGAAUAAAGCUGUUUCAUAAAAUUGGCGCAAGGGGCCUGGAAACGACAUUGUUACCUUGGCAACAAAAUUAGAAGUGGUUUUCCAUGCGUCUCAUCAUGUACAAUCAGUAUGCAAAAUUUUAUUUGAUUUGGGCCCAUAAUAACUGAGCUAUGUUUCAGUGUAGUAUUCAAUAAACAUACUUACCCAGCUAAUGACGUCACACGUUGUGCUGAAUCAGCAAUUUAUAUUUUCACAUUUUUGCGUAUAACUUCGGAACUAGAUGAGAUAGAAUAGAGCAUUAAACGGCCAAUCGGCUUAUUUUUUCAUGCUCUUUCAGAUGAAGCAAUAAGAUAGAUGAAGCAAUUUUUGUUGCCAAUCUCCUUUAAACCACCCAUAUUUGUAUAGAAUAUAUGUUAGUUGUAUUAACAUUGAACUCCUUUCUGUUUGAACCCAAAUUUGUACUUGUUUUGCGUUUGACAAGGCUAUCAAGCUCGCGACGAUUGGCUUUUAUACCUCAGGCACAGGGUUGGCAUUUGUUCUUUUACUAUUUGUUCUUUUAUGUUCUUUUAUAAUAAAAGAACAUAUUUUUUUUUCGCCAAAUUUGUUCUUUUAUUUUCUUUUAUUAUUUUUAAUUUUUUAUGUUCUAUUAGUUUGAAAAUCAAGAAUUUUCAAAAUUCUUAAAUUGUCACUAACAAUUUUAUAUGUUUAUAUUCUAGUACUUCGUCGAGAUCAUCAACUCCGCGAAGUACUGGAAUAUAGACAUAUACUGAAAAACAAUGUGUAAUCACGAUUACACACUAUAUACGAAAUUAUCUAAACUGGAUUGUUACAAACACUCCUUCUUCGUCAUCCUAUCUUCUUUGACAUCAUCGUAUUUUUUAUUAUGACGUCAUCAUAUUUUUAUCAUGACGUCAUCGUAUUUUUCUUAAAGCCGAAAAUGUUCUUUUAUUAUUUAAAAUGUUCUUUUAUUAAUAAAAGAAUAAAGAACAUUUUCUUUCUGAAAAAAUGUUCUUUUAUCCAACCCUGCUCAGGCAUGACUGCAGAUUUAAUAGCGUGUCAAAUGUCUUCUUGUUUGUGUCAGGAUUAUAAUAUUCUAUUGCUGUUCAAACGAGAUAUUCUACACACUGGAAACGUAGAGUACAUUUUACUUUGUCCUUGUCUCAAGCAAAAAAAUUAUAAAGAUUAAACAGGCAUUCAAAAAUAUACAACAACCACGAACAUCUUGUAACUGAUUUCUUCGAGGAAAUCUUCAAGUUUCAAUGGAAAUCUGGCGCAUGCACAACAAAUUUCCCAGCUGUUAUCAACGUUAUGACGUCGCUGUGGAAAUACGAGUACCAAAUGUGGAAACACGACCAAAACAAUAUGGCGUCGUCUGUGGUUUAAACUAGCGCGUAAAUUCCGGAAUGGCACCUUCCAUUUUAUUGUAUAUUACUAUAAAAACGUAUAUUACUAUAAAAAUGUAUUUUUCGAAUGUAUUCAACAAGUUUGUUGAAAGCGUAAUCAGCAAAGGCGUUUGCGUACGUGUGAAGCUAAACGAAGUCUGGAUCUAUUUGUUUUCGAAAGUAUAUAGGUCCGAUUUUUUAAACUUUUUUUCCGACUUUCUUUUAAUUCUCAAUCAAAUGGUUAGGGUUAGAGAAGGGGUUGGGAACAGUUUAUUUCAUAAAAAAUCAACUUUAACUAUAUAAAUAAAGUGAAAGGUGCCAUUCCGUAUUUAGGCGCAAGUGUGGUUAAGGAAACAUAUUUUAAAAUGUAAAGACGAAAUAUCAACGAAAACUACGUUGUAACUAACGACUUUAGCACUAUAUGUAUCUUUCGUUUCCGUUCCCAUUCCGCGGAGGGUUUUCUUGGAUGCAAACUGAGUAGUAUAGGGAAGAGGGGUUCUGGGACGGGUGGAGCACUAGAGCUCCACCCAUGACAUCAUCAGCAUAUCAUUUCAUAUCGAUUACACACGCUUAUGGUGUUUUUAAACAAGCGUAAACCAUAAUAGGCAAUACCAGCUUUUAGUUUAUGCCUGCAGGGGAUGAUGGGAAGUAAGGUAUCAUAUUGCUAAUUAUGCUGAAACAUUUCAAUAAAAACCAACGAAGCAACCGAAAUAUUUCAAUAUUUACAAGUAUAAGCUAUCAGUCCGUGUUUACACGGCCACCAUUUUUAUUUUUUCAGCAUAAUCAGCAAUGUGAUACCUUACUUCCCAUCGUCCCCUGCACGCAUGAACUAAAAGCUGGAAUUGCCUAUUGAAUUCCGUUUUAAUUAACCGCUUACUAUUUUACUAAUGUGUCCCUGCAGGACUUUUUGUCCCGGUUGUCCCGAUAACUCCUUUAUUUCUCACGUUUAUAGCAUUAUUCCCAAACAAAUGCGGUAGAAACAUAAAUAUUCUGAUGGCAGCGUUUUCAGGUAAUCCCCACGCGUAAAACAAAGGUUGAGGUAAUUAAGGGGAUUAAGGCAAUACGAAUUUGCAUAACCAAUAGGAUCCUAAUGGCUAUAAAUGGAUAUUAUUACGGGCGGUCGUCGGCAUGUUCAGUGCUAUGUGUUGCCGUGCUCAAUAUCCAAAGAUAUUGAUAUCCUAAGAUAUUGAUAUCCUAAGAUGUUGAUAUCCUUAGACACUGUAUGAUAUCCUAAGAUAUUGAUAUCCUAAGAUAUUGUAUUAUAUCCUAAGAUAUUGUAUGAUAUCCUAAGAUACUGUAUGAUAUCCUAAGAUACUGUAUGAUAUCUUAAGAUAUUGUAUGAUAUCUUAAGAUAUUGAUAUCCUGAGAUAUUGAUAUCCUUUGAUACUGAACGACAUCCUAAGAUAUUGACUUCCUAAGAUAUUGUAUGAUAUUUGGAGCCAAACGCGACAGGCUUGGAGUCACUCUAAAUAGCUCGGAGCCGAGUUCUCAAUAGCUCGGAGCCACUCUAGAUAGUUCAUAGUCCUGACGAUAGUCUUAAUGGUUAUAAUUAUAGUCUUAAUGACUAUAGCUAUAACCAUUAAGACUAUAGUCAUGACUAUUAAGACUAUAGUCAUGACUAUAAGACUAUAGUUAUGACCAUUAAGACUAUAGUCAUGGCUAUUAUAACUAUAGUCAUCACUAUUAAGACUAUAGUCAUGACCAUUAAGACUAUAGUCAUAACCAUUAAGACUAUAGUCAUGACUAUUAAGACUAUAAUCAUGACCAUUAAGACUAUAUUCAUGACUAUUAAGACUAUAGUCAUGGCCAUUAAGACUAUAGUCAUGGCCAUUAAGACUAUAGUCAUGACCAUUAAGACUAUAGUCAUGACCAUUACGACUAUAUUCAUGACCAUUAAAACUAUAGUCAUGACCAUUAAGACUAUAGUUAUGACCAUUAAGACUAUAGUUAUGACCAUUAAGACUAUAGUUAUGACUAUUAUAACUAUAGUCAUGACUACUAAGACUAUAGUCAUGACUAUUAAGACUAUAAUCAUGACCAUUAUGACUAUAGUCAUGACCAUUAAGACUAUAGUCAUAACCAUUAAGACUAAUGUCAUGGCCAUUAAGACUAUUGUCAUGACUAUUAAGACUAUAAUCAUGACCAUUAAGACUAUAGUCAUGACUAUUAAGACUAUAGUCAUGACCAUUAAAACUAUAGUCAUGACUAUUAAGACUGUAGUCAUGACCAUUAAAACUAUAGUCAUGACUAUUAAGACUAUAGUCAUGACCAUUAAAACAAUAGUCAUGACUAUUAAGACUAUAGUCAUGACUAUAGUUUUAAUAAGACUAUAGUCAUGACCUUUAAGACUAUAGUCAUGACUAUUAAGACUAUAGUCAUUACUAUUAAGACUAUAGUCAUGACCACUAAGACUAUAGUCAUGACUAUUAAGACUAUAGUCAUGACCAUUAAGGCUAUAGUCAUGAAUAUUAAGACUAUAGUCAUGACUAUUUAACAAUUAGACAACGAAGCCGAGUUGACUAUUUGCUCAUAGACAACGAGGCCGAGUUGUCUAAUUGUUUUAGUAUAAACUUUAACAUUAAUUUACAACUAGGCUGCAAGUUUUUGUUCGCGUAAAAUGUUUUACAAAAUUCAGUUUUAAUUUUAAAAUUUCAUUGAGUAUGUUAUUUUGUCUAUUUUCUUACCCUUAAAAAUUGCCAUUCCAUAUUUUUAUUGCUUUUUCAGGGGUUUUUAGUACAGAAUUGUUCAACAAGUCGUCCAAAAAAAUCAUCAGACACUUCGGCAAAAGUGCAAAACGCGAAUUUCCCGCCAUUUUGAAUUUUCUAUUAGUAGGCUAUCACUAUCAAUGUGAUAGCCUACUAGUAGGUUUAUACUAAAAGACUAUAGUUAUGACCAUAAAUAGUGUAGUCAUGACUAUUAUAACUAUAGUCAUGACUAUCAAGACUAUAGUCAUGGCCAUUAAGACUAUAGUCAUGACCAUUAAGACUAUAAUCAUGACCAUUAAGACUAUAUUCAUGACUAUUAAGACUAUAGUCAUGACCAUUAAGGUUAUAGUCAUGACUAUUAAGACUAUAGUCAUGACUAUUUAACAAUUAGACAACGAGGCCGAGUUGUCUAUGAGCGAAUAGUCAACGAGGCGAAGCCGAGUUGACUAUUUGCUCAUAGACAACGAGGCCGAGUUGUCUAAUUGUUUUAGUAUAAACUUUAACAUUAAUUUACAACUAGGCUGCAAACACAAUACAAAAAUACACAAAAAAAUUAUAAAACCAUUAACGGUAAACAAAUAUUUUAGUUUUUGUUCGCGUAAAAUGUUUUACAAAAUUCAGUUUUAAUUUUAAAAUUUCAUUGAGUGUAUGUUAUUUUGUCUAUUUUCGUACCCUUAAAAAUUGCCAUUCCAUAUUUUUAUUGCUUUUUCAGGGUUUUUUAGUACAGAAUUGUUCAACAAGUCGUCCAAAAAAAUCAUCAGACACUUCAGCAAAAGUGCAAAACGCGAAUUUCCCGCCAUUUUGAAUUUUUGAUUAGUAGGCUAUCACUAUCAAUAGCCUACUAAUAGGUUUAUACUAAUUAACAAUUAGACAACGAGGCCGAGUUGUCUAUGAGCGAAUAGUCAACGAGGCGAAGCCGAGUUGACUAUUUGCUCAUAGACAACGAGUCAUAGUCAUGACCAUUAAAACUAUAGUCAUGAAUAUUAAGGCUAUAGUCAUGAAUAUUAAGACUAUAGUCUUGACUAUUAAACUAUAGUGACGUCAUGACUAUUAAGACUAUAGUCAGGACUAUUAAGACUAUAGUCAGGACUAUUAAGACUAUAGUCAGGACUAUGAACUAUCUAGAGUGGCUCCGAGCUAUUGAGAACUCGGCUCCAAGCUAUUUAGAGUGGCUCCGAGCUAUUGAGAACUCGGCUCCAAGCUAUUUAGAGUGACUCCAAGCCUGUCGCGUUUGGUUCCAAUUAAAUAUCAUAAAUAUCUUAGGAAGUCAAUAUCUUAGGAUGUCGUUCAGUAUCAAAGGAUAUCAAUGUCUCAGGAUAUCAAUAUCUUAGGAUAUCAUACAAUAUCUGAAGAUAUCAUACAGUAUCUUAGGAUAUCAUACAGUAUCUUAGGAUAUCAUACAAUAUCUUAGGAUAUAUACAAUAUCUUAGGAUAUCACACAGUAUCUUAGGAUAUCAUACAGUAUCUUAGAAUAUCAUACAAUAUCUUAGGAUAUUAUACAGUAUCUCAGGAUAUUAUACAGUAUCUCAGGAUAUUAAUAUCUUAGGAUAUCAUACAGUGUCUUAGGAUGUCAAUAUCUUACGAUAUUGAGCGCGCUCUUUCCCGCGUGCCCGCGCGAUUUGUCUAACCCGCCCACUGAUUAGUGUACAAAUAUUUUGUACAUUAAUAUAUGCAUGCACCCAAGCAUCGCUAAUUAAUGACUGGCAACACAUAGCAACGUAUAUAACGACCGCAUAUUUGAUAAAAGCAUAUCUAUUUUUUAUGGUAAAAUAUAUUGCAACUAAGACUGUUCUAAAAGUUUUUCCUUCAAAUAUUCUUGGUAAGCUUUCUUAUGAUUUGUUACAAUUUACUACGCUAAUUAUAAAACGAUUACUUUGUGAUAAAAUUGUUGACCUCAGCGAAAAUAUUGACUCUUCGCCUGAACAUGCCCACGACCGCCCGUAAUAAUAUCCAUUUAUAUCCAUUAGGAUCCUAUUGGUUAUGCAAAUUCGUAUUGCCUUAAUCCCCUUAAUUACCUCAACCUUUGUGUUUUACGCGUGGGGAUUACCUGACAACGCUUGGCGUGUAAGCUGUAGCGUGUACCCUGCAAUGAUAAUUUGUAUAUUCUUGUGUUUGUAUUGGCAAAGCAUAAUAAAUAAAUAAUUGGUUGAUUGAUUCGCGCGGACUUUUGUUGAUUUUAAUUUUAUACCCUUUUAGAAAAGAGCUUACGCAGUUAUGGGAUAAAUGUUACUUUGGUGAAGAUGAAAGAAACGGGUUUGUCCCUGCAUUUGAUGGUAAGUUUCUGCUGAUAUUACCAGGGGUGUAUAUUCUUCAAUGACCUUUGAUUUCUUCCCCCACCCCCCUCUCUUCAGCUUUGAUUUUCUUCCGUGUAUCUUGAAGAAAUUUGGGCGCGGCAUCGGAGUCUGGGCUCCACCUUUACUAUUCCAGUAAUUUUCCUACGAUUUAAAGAAUUAUUUUCGAAAAAACGUUUGAUUCACGGUAGAAAAAUGAUGUUACAAUGCUGAUUUUGACAACAAAUUUUUCAGCUUAUUUAGAACUUCUGCAUCUCAAUGAUAAACAGCACAACAAAAUAAUUGAUUAUUGAUAUAUUAACUAGAGAUGUUCCCAUUAAAAAGUACUCCUCUCUCUAAAUUACGUUCAUUUUUUAACAAACGUUUUUAGUUUCACAAACAUUAAUAUAUAUUCACUUUUUUAAAAUUUGAUUUAAAUAUUGACAUUAUGUUCCAAUUCCCCUUCCUCUUGCCAUAAAAAGUCAUACUUCUUCUAUACCCCUCCCCCUCCUUGCUGACAUAAUAUGAGACUGAUCCCCAAGUUUUCUCAGUUCUUUUUCAUUCUCAUCCCUUGUCCUUUCUCUUCUUUUCCUUUUGCCCACUCAUUUUCCUUUUGCCCUUUCCUUUCUUUUCCCUUUGUUCUCUUCUUUUCCCUCUUUCUUUUCCCUUCCCUUCCUUUCUUUUUCACUCUUCUUUGAAUUUCGUCCCUGGCCCUAAGACCCUUUGAUUCCUCCCCCCGCCCCAGGGGGGGGAUUAUAGAAGAAUAUACACCCAUGGAUAUUACAAUAUUUUAAUCAAUAUAUUGCAGAGAAUGUGCAAAAUUGCGCACUGCAUGCACCAACUGAAAAGUUGCGGAAAAUUUGUGUCAAUGUUGUAUCAGCAUUGGGUAACUUGGGAUAUUCUGGUGUCUCUAUCACCAAAUUAUUCUGAAAAAUAAAUUUUCGAGCACAGGUGGACUGUUUUUCAAAACCACUUUAAGAAUGGCUUGCGCACAAAGAUGUAAGGUUUAAAACGCAAUUUGAAUUCAUAGAAUGCAUAUUUCGAACGUGUUUUAUAUAUGAACUACUAAUUAGUAUAUUUAGUAUCGAACUUUCCCUUAGCCUCAUUUUAAUAAUAUAGUCUUUCUGUUUUUUAUAAUGACCAAUAACAAGGCUUAAAUUAAAAAUUUAAGCCUUGUUAUAGGUCAUUAUAAAAACAAAAAGAACUACCAAUUAGUAACAGACUGUUUGAUACAUUAUGUCCAACGUGCGACCUCUAAAACCUGGACUUUUUGGAUUUUCAUCCUAUCAAUUAAAAUUGGGUUUCAAACCUUCCAUUUUUUAGCCUGCGUAGCAGGCGGCGACGUUUCCUCGCCGCAGCCCUCGCUUUUCCCACGGAGGCUAUCCAUUUUUGCACGCAAACCAUUUUUAAUCAAGGCAAUAUUCCUAACUUAGCGUAAAGUUGUCACAAAUUUUGGGGAAUUUUCAGUUCAGUGGACAUUUUAGAACUGUGCACUAUUUUAUACAUCCCGUAUAAUAGGGGCCUUUAGCAUGUUGGACGGUAACGCGGUCGUGCAUUAUCCGUUGUAUUAAGUUUAUUACAAUGUUAGGGGGUUAAGACGGGGUUAUAAUUGAGAAGACUUCGACCAAGCUGAUUUGCCCAGUACCACUACUCGUGGUUGAAACACAGGCGUCACUUAUUUAUUUAAAUUAUAUACAACUUGCUGGUUGAAACACAAGACGUAGAAGAAUAUUUUAUUUCAUGUUAAACAGAGCGAAGACAAGGUCUAAGACCCCCGAGGGACUUCUAAGGAUUCAUUUCUUCUCUAUACACUGCCAUAAAUUCAUUGUAUUAAUAGUCAUCGCAAUUUUCCCUUUCGUAACCGCAAGGGUCACCAGUAACAAUCAAUGUCAUCACUCGCGAAACAUGCGUUUAAACGCGCGUCCCAACGUGUUAUCACGAACUGAACAGUCACAAACAACAUGAAGUAGAGUUAGGCGAUACUUAGUCGUGUCAUCGUAAUUAUCGUCUAUAUAGAAACUUAAAAAAGCUUAAAAGCUAUGUGCGUAUACGAAACAAUAUCACAGUAGUCAUUGAUGUAACGAUAAGUAUGGUAUAUCCUCGCUCACGUUUCUAUACCUUUGACACGAUAAUUAUGAGUAAAAAUAUCGUGAUAAUAUCGAAAUAUCGCCCAACUCUAUCACGAACUUUAUAGGACGUGCUUAUCAGUGACAGAGUAAGGACGUGCUUUUUAGAGCUCCGUAUAAAUCAAUAUUAUAGCAACAAUGGCAGCUACUAAAGCGCUUAAAAAGGAAAAUACAGAGCUUCGUCUAGAGAUUGAUAAACUACAAAGCAAGAUUAACCAAAUUUCUGAAAACAUUUCUCAAAGAAACGUAAAUUCAGAAGGGACUCAUCACAGUGGCCACGCUGCAAGCAUGUUGGAUAAAGAGAAGGAUAAGUCCGUAGAGUUUAUCAACGCCAAGUAUGACGAGCUUGUCUUAUUUAAAACUAAUACGAUCACUGAAUUGAAACAGAUUAAAUCCGAAGUCAAUGUAAUAUCAUUAAAAUGUGAAAAGAUUGCCAAUUCUAUCGAACAGCUUGAGGAAUAUAGCUAUCAAUAUAAUGUGAAGAUUAUUGGCGUCCCGCAACAGCAACAAACGGAGACGGCAGAGCAAAGCUCAAAGCUAUGUCUCGAAAUAUUUCGUAAAAUCGGUGCUGAAGUCCUUUUACAAGAUAUAGACAUCGCCCAUCGAGUGCCAUCGCGAAAUCCCGACAACAACAACAACAACAACAACAACAACAACAACAACAACAACAACAACAACAACAACAACAACAACAACAACAACAACAACAACAACAACAACGCGAUUAUUUGUAAAUUUGUCAGACGCCUAGCACGAGAGAACGUAAUGACCGCACGAAAGAAUGCAAAUGAUCUGCAACCAAGCAUUAGAAUCUACGAUCACCUCACCCCUCGGCUGCAAGAGCUUUUAUAUGAAGCAAAGAGAUAUCAGCGGGCAAAUCAUUUCAAAUUUUGUUGGCGCAAAAAACAAGACGAUCUACCUACGCAAGUCAGAGAACGAAAGUUUUAUCAAGCUAAAGAAUCUGCAGGAUCUUAAUGCACUAUUUUGAUAUUCAUAGCCUUACAAGCUAAGUAAUCUUAGUCUUUUGUUUGUCUUCUUAAAUGGCUUUUGAUAGUACAAUUAUUGACCUUCCGUUUAAUCACUUAGAUGAUAGAUCUUUUCAUGCUGCAUUAUAUGAAAUGUCGUGCGGCAGCAUAAAUUUUGAUUUUGAUCACUUAGAAACCUUAGUUUUCAAUCCUAUCGAACAUUUAGCCACAGUUCAAAGUGUUCCCAUAAAUUCGAGUCUUGAUCCUGAUUUAAAUUUUUAUGCAUGUUCUCAAUCGAAUAGUAAUUACAUGGUUGAGGAUGAAAUCAAUGGCUUAACCAGCGAUAAACAGUUUGAUCUGAGUUUUUCCCUAUUGCAUAUAUUAACAGCCGUAGUCUGGUUGGCAAUUUCGAUAACUUCCAAACGUUAAUAGCAUCGUUAAAUAAGCCGUUUUCUGCCAUUGGAGUUUCUGAAACUUGGUUAAACGAUAAAACUUGUGAUCUUGUAAAUAUUCCUGGCUAUGAUUUCAUCUCAAACCAUCGGACAUAUAAGACUGGUGGUGGAGUUGGUAUCUAUCUACAAGAUUGUUUACAAUAUAAACUGCUCAAAAAUUGCACCAUUUCCAAUCCUGAGGCAAUUGAAUCUCUGUUUAUCGAAGUUUCUAAUCCUCUUGGGAAAAAUAUUAUUGUAGGCACAGUUUACCAGCCUCCUAAUCAAAACCUUUCGGUUUUCAUGGAUGAAUUCAAUAAUAUACUAUCAAUUAUUUCUAAAGACAAUAAGCAUUGUUAUCUAAUGGGGGACUUUAAUUUGGACUUGCUUAACUAUGAACAUCAUACAACUACCCAAGAGUUUCUGGACGCUUUGUUCUCUCAUAUGAUCAUUCCACUCAUUUCAAGACCAACUCGUGUGACUGCUCACUCCGCAACACUUAUUGACAAUAUUUUCACAAAUUGUUUCUCCCCGCAUAAUAUUCUUAGUGGAAAUAUCCUUAAUGACCUUUCUGACCAUUUUCCAAUCUUCGCUUUUUUCAAUAAUGAAUACAUUGCCCAGAAAACUGAGUUGAAAUCAGUUACGCGUGAUUUCAGCGAAGGAAACCUUUCAAAUUUUCGAUCUUGUCUUGCCCAUGUUGACUGGACAGAUGUUGUGAAUGGUCAGGAUCCUAGCACUGUUUUUGAUGCUUUUGUAACUGAGUAUAAUAGUCAUUUCGAAAAUUUACGGGGAAGCCCCCGUAAAAGUAAUCAAAAUAAACAUGUCCAAAAAACCAAGAACUCCUUGGGUUAGUAAAGGGUUACUGGCUUCGGUUAGGAAAAAGAAUAGAUCGCGAACAUACUACGAUGAGAAAUUCGAACAAUCAAAAAAUGACCUGAAAGCUACUUGGAAACUAAUUAAUGAAAUUAUUAAUAAAAAGAACAACAAGCGGCCUUUGCCGUCUUCUUUCAACUCAAAUGGGAGAACCAUCACUGAUCCAGUUAAAAUUGCCAAUGAAUUUUGUCAUUACUUUACAAAUAUUGGUCCAAAUUUAGCAAGUAAGAUACAAACAACUAACUCCGCUUUUCAAAACUUUGUUGGUCCUGCUAAUGAUCAAACUAUAUAUCUUAGACCAACUUCAAUCUCAGAACUAAUGGAAAUUUGUAGCUCUUUCAGCUCUAAAAAAGCACCUGGCUACGAUAAUAUUCCUAUGCACCUUAUCAAGAACUCUGUUGAAUUUAUCAUUGUACCAUUAAUGAACAUCAUUAAUUUAUCUCUUGAAACGGGAGUUUUCCCCGAGAAAUUAAAAAUGGCCAAAGUAAUUCCUAUUUUCAAAGCUGAUGACCCAGAAUCUUAUAAAAAUUAUAGACCUAUAUCUAUCUUAUCAAAUUUUUCUAAGUUUUUCGAAAGAGUAAUGCAUACUCGUUUAUCUGAAUUUGUUCAGAAAUACGAAAUUCUGUAUUGUUAUCAAUUUGGUUUUCGUAAAAACCAUUCAACAGAUCUAGCGCUUACUCACCUGGUCAAUAUGAUUACCUCAUCUAUUGAUGAGGGCGGAGUCACUGCCGGUGUUUUCUUAGACUUGUCUAAAGCGUUCGAUACUAUCAAUCAUCAAAUACUCUAUUAUAAAUUGGAACGUUAUGGCAUUCGUGGAGUUGCAUUGCAAUGGAUUAAAAGCUAUUUUGAAAAUCGAAAGCAAUUUGUUCAAUAUAACAACGUUUCAUCUUCGGUAAACACCAUCACCUGUGGUGUACCACAAGGCUCCAUAUUAGGACCAUUGUUUUUUAUCCUUUAUAUCAACGACCUCCCGAAUGCUUUAAACAUAACUGAAUCAUUAUUAUUCGCAGACGACACCAGUAUAUACUAUUCUCACACUGACCCUAUUUCACUGAUCAAUGUUUUGAAUGACGAAUUAAGAAAUGUUGACCGUUGGAUGAAAGCAAAUAAACUCUCAGUAAACAUAACUAAAACUAACUAUAUCAUUUUCAAAUGAAGGAAUAAAAAUUUUUGUACUGAUAUACCUGUUAUUUUUUACGGAAAACCAUUAAUGCAAAAGAAAACUGUUAGGUUUCUUGGAGUUCAUAUUGACGAAAACCUUACAUGGAAAUCACACAUUAGUCAUGUAUGUAAAAAGAUCUCCAAGUCAAUUGGAAUAUUAUUUAGAUCUCGUUUUUAUCUGUCUAAAAAACUAAAAUAUUCUUAUAUUAUACUUCGAUCUAUCCCUAUUUGACCUACUGCAACACUACGUGGUCUUCCACCUACAAAACUAAUUUAAAACGAAUAUUUGUCUUGCAAAGGCGAAUUGUCCGAAUUUUGACUAACUCUGAAUUUCGUGCGCAUACUGCGCCGCUGUUUAAUGAACUCAAACUUCUCGACAUUUACAAUUUAAAUGUGUUUUAUACCGCAAAAUUCAUGUUCUCAUACCACAACCAUUUACUUCCACCAUCAUUCCAAAACUUAUUCGUUACUUCUUACCAAAUACAUAACUAUAAUACCAGAAAUGCAAGUUCAUACCGUUCCUAUGCAUGUAACACUAAUGUUUACCGCUCUUUUUCAAGAUCCUAAAAUUUGGAAUUCUUUACCUGACGACAUAAAAAAUACAGAAUCUUUCAAUUGCUUUAGGAUUGGAAUUACCGGCUUUUCAAUGAGUAAUCUCAGACUUUACUUCUCAUUUUUACUACGGUUUAUUCUAUUUAUGCUGUCCGUUCAAUAAUCUAUAUAAAGAGGAGUCAUCCCUUGUACAAGCCAUUAUGCUUCUGGAUGCCUCCUCGUCACUUCCAAUAUUUAUUUACUUCCAUUGUAUCAAGUAAUGUUUGUGGGUUUUUUUUGUUUUUUUUGUAUCACCCAAUGUCUGUACAUUAUUUAAUUAUUGAUUUAUUUUGUGGCAAAUAAAGAGAUUUAGAUUUAGAUUUGUUAACAAGACUGGGACUUCGGCGGUUCGGGACUUUGACGAGUGUUUAUACGACUGUCAAUGAUAUCGACUGUCGCCUGUUUUAAAAGGCGUUAUUUGAAUUAGGGAAAGAAGAUCUUCACGUCAAGGCAUUAGAAAGUUUGUCGACGUACACUCGAUAUAAAAUUACUACUAAUACUAGCACAACAACACGUGCGUUUAAACUCGUGUUUUGCGUGGUGAGUAUCUCAUUUCAUAUUCACCGGAUGUGACACACGCUGCAAAUUGUGUCACUGAUUGUUACCGGUGACCCUGGUGGUUUACGAAACGGAAAAUUGUGUCGCGUCCUGCUAGCUAAAAGUCCCUAAUAGACAUGUACAGUUAAACAGCUCUGCAGUACCUAUACAUAUAUAAGCUUACCUUGAUUUUGUAAUUUUCUUUAGAGGACUAUACUGAAGAAUCGCUUAACCUCCACGAGCACCAAAUUGGUGUUCUGCGAGGUUACUACGAAGACAAUAAGGGAAUUUUCAAAUUAGUUGAAAAACGUGAGAUGAUGUGGAGGCGAUUGAUGGAGUUUGAGGUAAAGUGAGCAGGCCUACGAUCCUUGAAAUUCCUGGAAAUUCCUCAAAUUUGAAAAUUUGGUUCUGGGGGCAAUUGUGUUGAUAAUAAUACAACUAAGAUUCUGUAGGUCCAUUCAUAGAUCCUUGAAUUUAUUAGAAAAAAUUCCUGGAAACAAUACAGAAGUUCUCGAAUUUCAUUUUUACUGGAGGGUGCAUGGGAGCGUAGAAUAAGAUGUUUCAAUGAUUUUAUACUAAAUUUAUUUAAUAUUUACUUAUUUAUUUAAUUUUAAAUUAUAUACCAGAAUGCGAUAAUCAUUUUAAUCGUACCUGACUGGUACGCCAAUGAUUGUUGCCGCGUACUUGCGCUAGAACAAACUUAAGACUCGAGGUGUACUUAGUCUUUAUGCAAAAAGUACAUAAAGAACAGGUUUCUGUAAAGUAUAUUCAAACUACUAUACAAUCGACCUCAACAUGCCAUAGUGCUAUCAGUCCAAUCGUUUUUCAUGCCAAGACAUGUCAGACUUACAUGCAUAUACCAAUUAAAUAACGGUAUUGAAUACCUUGGGCAGUUGGGCUUGGAGUACUUAGUACUUAACGCGAAUUAUCGCACCCUGUAUACAACUUGCUGAUAUACAUGAAAUAAUUGCUCGAUUCUGAUUGGCUACGAACAUUGUAAUUUUAUCGUUAUUGUAAUACGUAGCAAAUACAUGCCCAAACGAAAGACAUUUUUAUUCGCUUUUUGACUUCUGACAGUUGUAAUAUUGUAUUAAGUUGGUGUGUCAUUCAAAAGAGUGAGUAAAUCUGUUUCGUGCAUCGUAUGCAUACAAGUAAUACCAGAGGAGGGUGAAAAUAAUGUGUUUUUUCUUUUUUUUAAGAAUAAAGAAAAUGAUCCUGCCAGACUGUUCACCAAUCGAGGUGGGGCUUUACUUAAAGAACUGAAAAUGAAAAAUGCCGUAGAAAAAGGUCUGCCUAAGGUAAUCAUCAAGGAUUUAGGGGAGCUUCGUUGACUGAGUUAAACUGAAAUAAACUGAAUGAUUCUAUUGUAUGUAUUUCUACCAUACUGUAGAUACCUAUUCAAUAUCAGUACUGUAAUUAUGAAUGAUUACGUUGGAGGUUCCGUAAAAUCCAGUAUACUUCAACCUUUAGUGGGUCAGUACGUAUAUUAUUUCAGGAGAAACCAAACUAAACUAACAGUAUUUAUACUGGACAACUCUGUCAGUUCUAAACUGUGCACUAUGUAGGGUAGAAGUCAAGUAAGGCCUAUACUUUCAUAUUUCUGUGAAACAUGUAUGUCUAACUGAAAAACAGUGAAGAUUCUGGCCGAUGUUUAUUAUAUUGUAAAAGAACAAUGCAACUGUCAAAUCGAGCGUUAUUCUGCUUUGAAAAUUACGCAGGUACGCUUAAUCCUCGACACUGCAUGUACAUAGAGAAAACGUGUGACAUUUGGUAGAGUCAAACGGGAAACAAACUUUUCACGUGCAACCACGAUCGGAAAUUGCGUCCACAAAUUCACACCUCAGAUGAGCUAUCUUAACUAAGCAUGCGCAUGUUGUAUUCAUGCGGACGUGUACUGAAUAUUAAUGAGGUUAAUUACUAAAUUAUUUGAUGAUUCAAGCUUAAACUAAGAACACUUUAAACUUAAGGUAUAAUUUGAGUCGUAUUAUGUUACAACCAAGUCAAAGUACAGUAUAGCAAAACUAAAAGCGUUAAGAUUCUUGACUGAGUCCACGAUUGGAUGCAAUGAAUGGUCAGCGAUAUGCCCAUUUUUCUGUGCAAUUUCUGGUUGUUCAUGAGGUAGAUAUUAGAUACAACAGGCAUGAAACACGCAGAACUGAACGCGUGAAAAACUUACAAGUCUGCCACCAUAGGCAUUCGCGACAGGGGGCUUGGGGAUGCUGUACCCCCCCCCCCCCAACAAUCAGUGUGUAGUGGGAUAGAUUCUACUAAAAAAGUCGGGAAAUUGGCUAGGCCUGCUCGCCUCGGUAUAAUGUAUUUUGAUUUAAUGUGUAUAGUAAGAGAAACUUAGUGACAGAUUGAAAUUUGUUUAAUUAAAUUCGAAUUACGUGCAGUAGAGUGAGGAGUAUUUGACGUAUCUUAUAGUAUAUAUUUUAUAUCGUUUUAAGAUUGACUGUAUUUCCACGCGUCAUGUAUAGGAGAUCUGGUCCUUGUAUUUAUACUUUCUAUUCAUCUAUCAAUAAACCCAUGAUAAUGUCGGGCAAUUUCCAUCAAUGCAUGUCGGGCAAUUUUUGUCCGCCCCUCCCCCCACCCCCCUAAUUUUUACCGCCCGUGCGCCUUAUGCAACACUAAUAUCCCCGUUUAAUUGUUUCUAGGUCGAACAAGAUUUGAAGAGAAUGAUUGAAGUAUGGCAAGAAGAAAACGAAGGCUUCUUCUUUGUGAAUGGAAAUAAAUAUUUGGACCUGAUAAAAACACAGCAGGAAAACCGAAAAAGAGAAAAAAGUUUGUUAAAAUUAGGAAAGGUAUAUAAAUAUUAUCAUUUUUACACAUGAUAACGAACGGCCACGAAACACGCUGUUUUCCCGAGAUCUCAGAAAAUAAGUGUUUUCUUAUAUAGCAUUAACCAUAUAUUUUAUUCUAUACUGACUUUGUGCUCGUUUUUGUGCAAUAGUAUAAUUAUAUAAUAAUAUAAUAUCUUCUUCUGAACACUUACAAACCGACCAACAAACAUGUUGAAACUCCCCUGAAAAAACUUUGAAUUUGUCGGUUGGGGCGAACAGCAACCUCUUACCCAGGGCAUUUCCUUUUGGGGAGCAAAGACCCUGGUAGACGCUGGUCACGUGAUCUGCUAAAAUCUAGCAGAUUUCUAAUUAACUAUCUUGGUUUUCUUUACGACAAUGAUACAAAAUGCAAAUUAUAAAUUAAACUAUCAAAAUAAUCCAGAUAUCAAAUGUUUAUUGACCUGAUCUUGGAUUGCUAAUUAAAAAUCUGCUAGAUUUUAGCAGAUCUCGUGACCAGCGUCUACCAGGGUCUUUGGCGAACAGCUCGCGCCUCCGUUCCAGUUUUAUCAUUGACCGCUCAAUAAUUGUUUCAUUGUUACCAAAGCAUGAUGCAAUGAACAUGACAUUUUGUGGACUGGCACGUGAUACGUUUUGUCCAAUCAGCACACAGGAAAAUUUAACUUUGUUACUUGCUAAAAAUGUCACUUGCUAGUUAUUUCAAUUUCCUUUAUAAUGCAACUGUAGGAAAAUCACGGUGCGAGAUACAACGGCCAUGCAUGAAAAUGGUAUUGGUCAUUGCAUUGUUCAAUAAUUUUCUAAUUUUUCAACAUAAUUUUAUAGCAAAAGGAAAAGAAGGCAGAAAUCGCAAAGGAAAUGGUUUAUGGCAGCAAGCCAGUUGCACUAGCAAACAGGUACUGCAUGAAAUUCCAAACCUUAUAAUUUGUAAGUCAAGUAUAUUAAUCAUAGGAAUUAAUUUGCUGGAGGCGCCACAUAUAAUAUAAUUUACCAGAUGACUUAACUAAGGCCAAUUAGCAAUUUUCAAACGGUCGUUUUAAAAUUUUGCUUGAUAAAUAUUUUUACGAAUUGAAUGUCCGAAAUCUGCUCUAAUUCCUCCUUUUUAACGAGAAUAAGGAUUCGUUCUUAAAAUUUAACUAGAGUGCAUGUAUUUGACGUUAUUUUCAUUGUAUUUUUAUAUACCUAGAUUAGUUUGUAGUUUGAAAAAUUAAAUUGUAAAUAAUUAAUGUCCCUUAUAGAUUGUUAAAGAUCUUAUUAACACUGUAUUUUGCUACUUCAAACUACAUAGCUCGAACCCCCUUCUUCAGGGGGGGGGGGACCAUCUCAAGAACAAAAAGGGAAAUGAAACAUUUGUUGUAAUAAUGAGAGAUUACUGAAUAGGGGUGGGUUGGUUUAAAAAAGAGGGAUGACCAAAAAUCCUGUGAUAAUAAUUACUGAGUAAGGGGCUGUUUACAUGAGCCCGGCUAGCCGGGAUGAGACGUUUGCCGGGCUGAUAUGCAUGCUGACGAAAAUUGGCGGGAAAAACUUGUUUACGAGUUAACAGUGUAACGUCUGUCACGGAAGUCGAAUUUGUGCUUUAUUGGCAAAUUUAAUCGAUUAAAACUACUUUGUCAGCAAGAUUAAUGGAAGAAAUAAAAGUUUGUCAAGAAAAAUAUCAGUUUCUGUAAAUUCUGUCUUUUAUUUUUGUUUUAAAUGAAGUUUUUGUUCUAGCCCGGUUGCCCGGGCUGGAUACUUUACAUGGAGAAAUUUCAUCCCGGCUGACCGGGCGCCCCGUUUGAGUCAAGUGGGAUCCCAGCUAAACGGGCUGGCCCGGUUUGUCAUGUAAAGUAAAAUUGCUUUGUGUUGGAAAUUACUAUGAAGCCGGGCGCCCCGUUUAAGCGAGCCAGCCCUGCAAACCGGGCUCAUGUAAACAGCCCCUAAGACGUUUAUUCAAAUUGUAGAAAAUCAAGACCGAAUUUCUUGAUGAUGGAAGUUUUUUUCGAUACUACAUACAGUUAGCCAAAAUAAUUGGCAUCUUACUCGUUUGAAUUUUUGUUGAAGGGUAUUGUAGAUGGAAAUUAUCGAGUGAAAAUUUAUAUACAUUUAUUAGACCUAGCCAGGAACAGCUCUGAAACAGUUGUCGUAUAGUUUUGAAAACAGGGGGACAUUGGUAAAAGGGUGGUGGCCCAAUUUAAAAAGGGAAGAUAAUACCCCAUUCCAAACUAUGAAGAUCUUUGGGGCCUUUCUGGCCGCUAGAAAAGGCAACUGUGAUGAAAUAAUGCUCAAACGGCGUCGCGAAACGCCGUUACAGUAUAACAAAAAGUCUACGUUUAUUUAUUUUUUGUAUAAUUAGGGCUGGCAAAUAUAACUCUAAAUAUCCGAAUCAUUGCAAAAGAAAACGUGAUGACAAGGUAAAAUUAAUUAAUUUGAAGUGUCAUUCCAGAGACGUUUUGCAACGUUUUCUAGCUCAGUUCUAUUAUUACUCUUACAGUAAUUAGUGUAUACAGCAUUUGUGGCCGUGUUUGCAGAUAUAGUUACAAGAGAGUUCAAGACGCGGUCUGAAUUUCAGCUAAAAAAAUUCGGGGCCUAAGCAAUUUGAUUACUGUGAUAAUGUUUCAUAUAACCUUAAAAAUGGCUAAGUUCGGUUAAAGCGAUGCAAUCUUUGCUGCAAUUUCGACUAAGUAAACGCCUCGUGUGCAGGGCCGCCAAGAGGGAGGGGGGGGGGGGAUUGCCCCGGGGCCCCACCUUAAUAGGGCCCCAACUUGAGAGCGAAAGCAUAAAAUAUAGUAUGUUCAGGCUUUAAAUUGGGCAGAGCAUUUUUGAAAUUGACCCCCUUAAAUUGGGCCCCUUACAAUAGCUCUACAUGCAGUCACUCUAGCUAAGGUCUAGUUGGGUAACUGACUUCGGCCUAGCUUAAAAAUAAUGAUGUCAAGGGGCCGCCAGAGAGGAUUUGCCCCGGGCCCCACAAAUUCUCUCGACGGUCCUGCUGCGUUAGGCCAAAAAAAUAUAUGUGGGUUUCCGGUUUCCCGACCCUACUUAGUCAAAAUCCCGACCCUAAACUUUUUUAUUGGAUCACGCUUGUAAGUGUUUCCACUUAGAGGAAAACGUUUAUGGAAAAUGAAAUUUUGAGGCAAUAUUAGGGAAAUUUAUGUUUGGAUAUGGAAGCACCGACUAAACAAAAUGACGUCCGGUUGUUAGGAAAAUGUAAAAAAAGUUUAAAAAAAAAGUUAAAACCGACCUACCCUACCUAAGUUUUUACAAGAGGAAACCGGAAACCCACAUGUUUUUUUUUGCCUUACUUGAAAGACAAUGCUUAGUUUAACGUUGUGUUGAGAAUGACAAAGCCGUUGAGAAUACCCCUGGACCGCAAAUUAUUCACAGUUUUUGUCUUCAUACUUUCUCAAAAUAUCAAGACCUUGGUUUGAUAUUUUCCCAUACAGCGCUAAACGUUUCGGACAGUUUGAGUGUCCAUCCUCAUGCUCUUUCUUCAAUCAAACUAUCCGAAAUGUACAAUAUUAAAUCUUGAACCUCUUAUGUUAUUAUCCUUGAGAAUUGAAACAAAUUGAUGUUAAGAUGAUGGCUUUCAUAAACAGAAAUUGCAAUUCACAAUUUAUCUGACGUGCCCAAAAGAGAAUACACUACUGUAGUUUGUCAAACCAUAUUUUUUCCUAAUUCGAGCCCUGUGGUUUCAAAAUUUGUAAUUUUCUUCUCACAUGGAAUAUCCCUGGAAGUAUAUUUUUGGACACCUGUUUUAGAGACUGCCUGGCAUUUAUCACUCUUGUUCGAAUUUUAGAAUAGUAUCAAAAGAAGAAAAACUAAAUGGUCAAGUGAAUCGAGCUAACGCAUGUUUAGACCCAAUGCUAUGCGCAAUUUACUCAAAAACUACAAUUUUAAAUGCUUGGUUGUCUUUGGUCUAUUCUUUAGUGAUAAAUUAUUAUAUUGUAUUCGUUUUUUCCUAGAGUGGUUCAUCUACAAUUUCAAUGACGUCAUCAUCAAGCCUGCUGUUAUCCCAAUGCAGCAGUCCUACCCCUGUUUCCACUAAUUUUAAAUGUAAAAAGGUACAUGCUGACAGUACAUUAACUUUUAUCAUGUUUAACACAGUCGCACCGCCAUCUUCCAGUAAUUGUUUCUAAAUUAUUACAAGAUGCGAGUUCAAAUUUUCAGCCGUACUUAUACUCAUAGACGGAUUUUGUGGGGGGGUGCAGGGGGGUGCUACCCCUCCAAUAUUAGCUAUAACCCCCCCAAACAAAAUGUCCACCCCACCAAAAAAAAUUUCAACCCCCCCCCUAAUAUUCGGCAUAAUAAAAAAUAAUUAAAUAGUCCACUCCAACGUGCAGAGUGUUGAUGAUACAAAAUAAACGUAGGAGUACACUCAAAUAGAAAAAGACGGUGCAAUACUCUGAAACUAAUUGCUCCUCGCUUGCAUUCACUGGUUUAUUGGACCAAUUGUAAAGUUUUGAAACUCUAUUAUCUCCCCUGAACAGAGUUUGCAGUGCCUUGCCAUGCAAAUAGCUUACUUGCAAGGAACGUUUGGAAUUUUUACGAACAUUAUUUUUAGUUUUUAAUUCUUUUAGGAAAUAGACUUGCCUAGAUUUAAUCUUUACGCCCCAAAUAUUAUUUACAUCGGAGUUGCAUCAUAAAUUGUACUCGGAUUCAAACGACACAAUGUCAAUGACUUUAUAAAAAUAAAAGCAUAUUGCAUGUGUAUUGGCCUAUUGGGUUUACACUUUUACAGGUUCAUUUAACUUUAACUCUCUCAAGUCUCAACAGACAAUCGGACAUGCCAAAUCCAUUGAUAUGACAACUUCAAAAAACUUUUUCGAAGCUAGAAAUCAUGAUUUUUUCAAUUUUUCCUCGGAUACUUUGUUUUCUGCUCUCUAGACUCCCCUCGCGGCUCUAUAGUGCUACACCCCUAGAAUAUAGACCUUACUGGGGUUUGGUGACACUUUGUGUUGCUUCAGUCACCUGCUCACGGCUCACCCCCCUAAAAUUUCUGGCACCACCCCAGUAAAAAAUAUGAAAAUCCGUCUAUGCUUAUACUUAACAAAUAUAAAACAUUUUCCGUGUUGAUAUACAGUUAUAUCAACACGAGUGGGAAUUUGGAAAACGAGAAAUUGUGUGGAAACACGACGCCCGAAGGCGGAGUGUUUUCACACAAUUUCGAGUUUUCCCAAUUUCCACGAGUGUUGAUAUAACUGUAUAUCAAUACGGAAAAAAUGUUUUAUAUUUUUUUAAUAUUUUUUUUUAUAAUAUUUUUUACAAAGAAAUAUAAAGAAAAAAAUUUCCGUGUUGACAUUGGGUUAUAUCAACACGGCUCUUAGCCAAUCAGCGUUCAGAAUUUACAAAUGCUAUAUUAUAAAUAUACAUAGAUAUAUUAUUCAGCUCACUCCCCAACGGGGCUCUCCGAUUACUGCAUUACAUCAAGAUGACGUUACUUGUAUUAUGUACUUAGCCUACACGCGUAAAAAUUAGGGGCCUGCUGUUUAACAGGAUUGGACAAUGUUGUACGGCCCACAUUGUUCACAGUUGUCAACAAUAUUGUUCAAUAUUGUUGACAACUGUAAACAAUGUUGGGCCGCACAACAUUGUUCAAUCCUGUUUUCAUCAAUAUUGCAACAACCUGAUCGUUUUUAGCUGUGUAGACUAAUUAUCUUUACAACAAUUAUGAUACUAUUUUCCUAACUAUGUUUAUCCUAAUCCACCCUGUCAACUUUCCCUGUGGGAGGAAACCCGAGCGGCCGGCGAAAACCCACGACUUUCGGCAGAGCGUUGACUGACUCUUUUCACAUGGUCUCGUAGUGUGAAUCAAACCCACGUUCUCAGAGGUGAAGGCGCUUGCUUUGACAACUGCGACUGAUGCCCCUUCACUGGUACGCUAAUUCGAGCGGUUCAGAUUUGUCUUCCAAUACCGCUUCAACAUCGUACAAAAGGCUUCCGUGAUUGUAGCUCUCAGAAGCCCUGGGUACGAGGUUGCUACUGGCUUAGUACGCAUCAUCCUCGUCCCCAGGGCCUCUCGGCCGCGCGCGUCCUCCCUAGGCCCUGGCCCCUUGGACACACGGAAAGCAAACUUGCAGUAGUUUCUAAAGCGCAUGCUCUUGAAUUGGGAUGUUUUAGCACCCGUAACAAUUUUCACAGUGAAGUAUUUACGAAGAAACGAAGUAUUUGUGUUGACAUAUGUUGAUAGAAUAAUUUUGCCUAGCGAAAACUGCUCCACUUUUGCGAAAUAGCUGUUCUCUGAAAAGCCAAUCAGAUCUCUCCCUUUAGUCGUCUAACCCAGAACCUAAUUUUUAACGAGUGGCCGAGUGAAAAUGGCUCUGGGGACGAGAAUGAGUACGCAUCUGAAUGGUUAAUGGUCCCUUAAUGGUAGCGGUAGCAGUAGUGGUCUCUUAUUACAACCUGAUUCCCAAGGUCUUUCUAGUAGAAAUAGCUUAAGUACAUACAUGUAGCACAAGUUUUCUGAAUGCCGCUCAUUUAAUAACCUUGAAACUACGAGUUAGAACACGCACAUUCCCAUAUGUAUACAUUUCCAUAUACUGUUUUUUCACUACGCGUAUUAAUGAGACCAGGUUCUCAUUUUUUACUGAUUCUCUUAUACUGUACUAUUCUUUCGUUUACAGAAAACCAGGAAUUCUAGACGUCUUUCCUCCAAAAUCAAAAAACAUCCAUUUCCACUUCCAGCCUUGAAAAGGUAUUAUACGCUUCCCCGUGUGCACUCAGAAAACACUCCGCUUAAAAUUCUCUUGGUUAACCCUAAAAAUAUCCUGGUUAAAUGUUUUUCUUCGCACCACUUGUGCAUUUGAAUUUAAUUCCAUCGGACUCAGUAUAAAAAUUACAGUUUAAUGAACUACAACUACGAUACGAAUAGUAUUUUUAGUGAUUGGUUUUAUACGAGAUGUUAUACAGGGUGUAUCAAAAAAUGUACACACUUUCAAAUUAGCCAUAACCUUUUAAAUAUUUAUUGCUCUGCAGUAAGCUGACCCAUUGUAUAUCUUAUGCAGACUUGAAUAAUGCUUAAUUUAAACACUUUUCUUUGAGUUGUGUAUUUGUUCAUACAAAUAGAAGUUAUCCUAAAUUCUCAUGUGCAGAAGACCUUGUAUUUUCACGCAUUCAUUAAUUCGAGAAAUUAUACGGCUGUCAAAUCACUACGAUAGAUUACGAUUAAUUUGAAUUUGAAAGGGUGUACAUUUUUUUUAUACACCUUGUAUAAUAUAAUCUAGUUAGCACUAAUCAAUCAAAAGCACAGGUUAAUUAUUUUGUCUGAUGGACCAAUCAGAUGAAGAGCCAGAUUUUGGGCGUUUUGCUUGCGGCCAGGCCAUCCACCCGCAUUUAAGGAAGGGAAAGCACGGCCUGAUACUCAGGCUACUGUAGUCUUCCCACGUGAAUCUUGCAACUACGUAAUGGGGAAUCAACUGUUGGAUUAAUUUCUUUUUAUAGAGGAAUUAAGGAAGACGUGGAGCAGGAUACGACUAGGGAAGACGACGAGAUCGACGACGAUGAAUCCUUGUGCAGCUACCCUGAUUUUACU